GAAAGUGGCCCGUGACGUGCUACAAAUAAAGAUCAAAACAAGCACUCUCCGUCGAGACGCGCUACAGAAUAUAAUUUGCUUUAUCUUGAAACCAAAUAUCCUUAAGUGUCUUAGUUAUUCAGAAUAGUAAAGUAUAUUUGAAUCGAAAACAAGCGCGUAUUCGGUAAAUCACGUCGUGAUAUUGCUUCGUAUCCCUCCGCUAAUCCCCCCUUCAAUUAAAACAACCGAAAUUGACCUCAAUCCCUAAUCUAUAUUUUUGUUUUUAGAGAACAGAUUAAGGGAAAAAUAUAUUCACAUCCACAAAGAACAUUUCUUAAGCAAAACAAAAAAAAAAAAGCCUUAGAUAGGCAAUCCCUUCUGAGACUAAAAUGGCAGUAAAUGAGAGAAAAUCCCAACCUCUCAAGAUUGCUUGACGUCCCAGUGUAUCAGUCUCCAAAAUGGGAGGAAAACUUUCAUUAAUCUCUCAUGAAAGGUGUUCGGCGAUAAAGCUUCGGUUCGGUAUUCAUUUCAACCAAGAUCCAGAUGCUCCUGGCCGGAUCUCAAAGCCUGUAGUAGAGCCCAACGGCGUGUUUGGUGUUUCCCUGCAGACUCUGAGACAAAACGGGAAGAUGAUACACGGGAUACCGCUGGUGUUACGCGAUAUGGUGGAGUUCUUGGAAAAAAAUGGGAUGGACCACCCGGAUCUUUUUCAUGCGGGCGGCUCAGUGGUGAAGAUCCACCGAUUGAGGUGUCAGCUGGAUAAUGGCGAGAAUGUCAAACUGGAACUGGAAGAAGUGUCCACUGUAGCUUCGCUCCUCAAGCUCUUUUUUCAACAGUUGCCUGAUCCCAUAGUCCCAGAGUACCAACGCAGACAUCUCAUCCAGAGCUUCAGAGGUAAUGCUGACGAAGCCCAUUUGAACACGUCCAUGACAAAACACCUUUGCCGCAUCCCGGACGAGAACCUCACCGUUUUGUUGUACUUCGUUAACUUCCUGUCCAGAGUGGCAGCUUGCAGCCAGUUGAAUCACAUGACGGCGGACAUGCUCGCUGCUAUUUUUGGACCUUACAUCUUUCACGUUCCCGGAGGACCCGAAAUGCUGGAGGAGCAGAACGUGUGCAACACCGUGUUGGUCCAUCUCUUCAGGAAGCACAAGAUCUUCCCUCUCCCCCCUGGCUUCUCCUGCCCAUCGUCUACGUCGUUCCCUGAGCCUUUCUGAGCCUCCAUCUUCGUGAACGAGAGCUACGUGACUCCCGCGCCGCCGCCGAAGCUGGUUCUGUCAACGUUGCCGUGGCAACCCCCUCUCAUCAUCAUCACCAUCAUCGUCGUCGUCUUCUUCCUCCCGUUCUGAUCUCACGCACGCGCACACACCCACGCCGCACGCAACCGCCCGAGCGGUACUCCCGCCGCGCCCCUUCUUGCCGCGCCUGAUGAAUAAUCCAUGUGGAGGCAGCUGAGCAGCGGGAGCGCGGGGAAUGCCGGCCAGGAACGAGCGCCAUGUGCGUAUGAGGAUCAUCUGCCCGUCACGUAUUCCCGCAUGAUGGACCUCUGUGCCGCAUCCAGCGCUUGGACGCCAACAUGUGUGGAAUGCGGUCCUUCUGAGUUUUUUGGUUUGAAUUCCAUCGCGGUCAAGGCGAUGUUCGAGACGUGAGGAACGCCGAGGGGGGCGGACACCGCGUUUGACGGGAUGCGUGCGCCAGCAUUUACGAUCCUUCCCCUCGCGCCCUAAACGCUGCGUGACACCUUUCCAGGGGAGGACUCUGCCUUCGAUCCCCCCCCCCGCCCCCCCCCGGAGGACUUUUUAAGAUCAGGAACGACACCUCUCGGCUUGCAGCCAUGUUCUGCUUCUGCUUCCAAAGCCCCUCCCUCAAGCUUCAAGCCCUGGAGGCUGAUUUUAGUCCGCCGGACCCAGAACACGACGACGUACAAGAGCAGAAGAACCUGCCGGCCCGCCAGCAGUCUCUUUCGAGCAGGCAGCCAAGCCUGCGUUUGGACCACAAGCCGCUCCUCCACUCGUCUCCGACGUCGCCGGCUCGGGAUACGGUUGACUCAUCACAGCACGUCCCAGCCCCAUCCCAGGACCUUUCGUACGCUCCCGCUCCAUCCACCGCCUCCUCCCCUCCGGGGGGUCCGGGAAACGAGGACCCCCCGCCCAGCUCUCCGGGCAGCCCUCCCCUGCUUUGCACUUUCACCACCAGCGAAUGCCCCGUCCCGUCCCCUCGAUGCCCCAACCUGAGCAGGAGUCUCCGCUACAACCUGGACCCCGACACCGCCCCGUCGCCGCCUUGCUCGCAGCACAUCCGCAUGGCGCGCUGCGGUUCCCGCGCAGAAGCAGACGACCGCUCGCUGUCCGUGUCCGUGUUGAAGAGGCACGUUCAGACCUUGAGGAAGAGGAUCAGACAGCUCGAGGAGCAUUUUGAGCAGGAGAGGCUCAAGCCUUCUUAUUAUGACAAGACCGCACAUCCGGAAGUCGCCAGACUGAUCAAGGAGCUCCUGAAGAGCCGCAAGCAGCUGAAAGAGCUCAAGUUGUGCCACGCCGAGGAAGGCGGCUCGAAAGGAGGUCCGAAUCCUCCGCCGGAAAGGACCAAUCAGAGCGAGGCGGCUCUUCCGGGGCCGGAUGUUCAACAAGCGAGCGACGCCGGCAACGCCAAGCCCAGCGUGGAGGAGACGGUCCACGUCAUGACCCAAAGACUGAGCGAGGGCCGGCGAGAGCUCAGCCUGCCCGACAGCGUCAAGGAGAUGAGCCAUUCGCAAAUUAGCCUGGAGAAGUCCAGCCUGCAGAAGUGUUUGCUCUACUUUGAGAGUCUGCACGGACGCCCGAGUGGCGCAAGCGAGCGGAUUCUGGUGAAACCUUUCUACGAGCGCUACCGCGUCCUCAAACAGCUGCUGCGUUCCUCCAGUACCUGCACGCUCAUUACCACCAUUGAGGAAGAGGAGGGCUCCGACGAAGAUCAUCCCAAAGAGCAAAACCCGAGACAGCAGUGCGCGUCGACUGGGGGGCCGCCGCCCCCUCCCGCCUCGGAAACGUCCGACACGCCCCUGGUGUCGCCUUUGGAGGAGGGCAAGUGUCUCCAGCCGCAGCCUGUCACCAUGGCGACGCUCCAUGAGGCUUCCAGAUCGGAAUUAUUGGAUCAUCUUCGGAUCACCCGUUUGGAAAAACGGAGGCUGCACCGAGCACUGCGGGAAUUUGAGGACCUUUUCUACACCCUCAGUGGGAGGGUCUGUCAGAAGGAGGACCGCGGACCCAUGGCGGAGGAGUACUGCCAGUACAAGAACCUCAAAGCCAAACUCCGGCUGCUGGAGGCCCUGCUCAGCAAAAAGCAGGACACGCCCAAGAGCGACUGAGCUUCUCAUGACGGAGUCCAAAGCCCAAAAAAAAAGAACUGGACGACGAUGAUUAUCAAUAUGAUGAUGAUAUUGAAGAUGCACUUUACAGGAGGAUGUCGGACGGCGUGGAAACGUCCAAAAAGCACACGACGAGGAAGCAAGCGGAUGAUGUGGAGCAUUACGAAGUCCGAACGGUACAUGUAAAUAUCUAUGGCACUUACUUUUGUUUUUGUCAUCAUUGUGGAAUAUGCAAUUUCUAAAUAUCUUGCCCAAAAUAGGUGCGAGGGAGUAUUAAGGACAUGCUGAACAGAAAAAAAAAACUGUACAAUUAUGAGGAAAAAGUCAUAAAGCUUUGACAAGUUUUUUUUUUUCAAGAAAAAAAUGCAAGAGUACUGGAGAAAAAAAUAAUGCAGUAUUUGAGAACAAAAUUUGUUUGUCGCUCCGAAAGAUUUUGUGCUGAAAGUAAAAAUGUGUUCAUAUUUCAACCAUUUUUUUCCCUCGACUGAAACUGUCCAUGUAUUUAAAAAAAAUAUUUAAAUUUAUCCACUUUUGAGUGGGAAAAUAACUUUUUCUUGACUUUAUAUUUUGUGAAAUUGCAACUUUUUUCUCAGCAUUUUAAAAAAAAAAUCAAAACUAUGCCUUUCUUUUUGUAAUCAUGAUUUUAGAAAAUAUGGUUACUGUAAUAUUCAGUUGUUUCUUUUGUUUCUGUUGAAACAGUCAUUUUAUUCUAAUAAUAAUAAUAAUCUGAGGGGAAAAAAUAUUUUAAUGGCAACACAUUAUUACAGGAAAAUGGGUGAACAAAAUUAUUUUUGUAGUCAGGUUACAUAUAAAAAAAAGUUCUGAUAAAGCAUUUUUUUUCUAAACAAAAUCCAAUUUCUGGUGAAAAAUCGUUGUAUCAUUACAUGAAAAAUGUAUCACCCUCACCAAAAAGUUGUAAUGUUGGGAUUUUUCUAUAUUUAAAAAUGGGAGCAGUAUUUAUGUUAUGAAUGAUAUUUUUUUUAUAUUUUCAAGAUUUUGAUGCGCACAGUGAUUCAAUGUUACAAUUUUUUUCUUGAAAAAAAAUAUUCCGCCGAAUUAUGUCUUUCUCCUCGUACUUUUUUCCACCGUCUAGUCAGUGUGACCUACUUUGAAUCCAUCAUCCAUCCAUUUAGCCGCUUAUCCUCACAAGGGUCGCGGGAGUGCUGGAGCCUAUCCCGAGAUAUCUUCGGGCAGCCAAUCACAGGGCACAUGGAGACAACCAAUCACACCUAAGGGCAAUUUGGAGCGUCCAAUUAAUGUUGCAUGCUUUUUGGGAUGUGGGAGGAAACCGGAGUGCCCGGAGAAAAGCCACGCAGGCACGGGGAGAACGUGCAAACUCCACACAGGCGGGGCCGGCGGGAUUUGAACCCCGGUCCCCAGAACUGUGAAGCCAGCGAUCUCACCAGAUCCUCCACCGUCCUUCCUCUGUUGACUUUGCAAAUUGCUGAAGGUUGGCAGUUCCACCUGGUGUCUCCCCCACCCAGCUUGCUUGAUACGACCCCCCCCCCUUCAAUGUUUUCAGCGAGAUGAACCAGAACUCUGCGCACUUCUGCUUUCGAGCGCACUCCGAAUACCCUCCAUGUACAUAUGAAUGUUUCAAUAAAAAAUAAAUAUUUUUUCACAUUUAAUCCCCGCUGAACAGUGUUUUUUUUUUUUAAAAUACCUUUCCACCACCGACCACAGCACAACAAUGACAACGGUGACUGUUGCAGAAAGGGUUGCCAUGGCGACGACACAGUAUACCCGUGCUCAGACAGCAUCAUGCCUUUUUUUUUCUUUUCUUCUAAAGGUUAUCAGUCGUGUUUAUCACAGUAGACGCUCAAGAGGCCCGUUGCACCAGUUUUCAGUCAGAAUCCACAGCUUCUGUUUUUUUUUUCCAUUUUUAAAGUCUUUGUUGUUUUUUAAUACCUUUGGUUUAAAGAAAUAACAGGAUGCGGCAGCCUCAGAACGUUGUAUUAUCAUUCCAUGCCAUAAGUGGAAGUAGCGAGGAGGCGUCCUCCGCUAGAACCGCAAAAAAAAAAAAAAAAUGAAGCGUAGAGACAAGAAUAGCAAAAAAAGAAAAAAAUAUGUAAUUUGCGAGUUGUUUCAAAGGGAUCGUCUUCAUGAAUCCAGGCAGAUGCGCCCCGAGCGUGUGUGUGGUUGCGUGUGUGCUGCAUAUUGUCUUAAUAUUACACAUUUUUUUCAAAACAUAACUCUUGAAAAACAUUUUCUUAUAUUAGGGGGUCUUUUCUUUUGGAUUAAAGCCAUAAUAGUUUGAGGAGGGGAAAAGAAGAAAAGAUCGCUGAGAGAAAGAUGACAAGAUUGAUAUUAUCACAUAAAGUGAAAUAUCGUAUUGUGAAAAGCAUUACUGAUGGAUAAUUUUCUAAUAAUCUAAUGAAAAAAAAUUGGGCCUAAAGUGACAUCCCCACUAAAAAUUAUUUAAAAAAGAAAAAUUACAAGAACAACAUUGAACUAUUUAUUAUAAGAGGCUCGCGACCCUUGUGAGGAUAAGCGGCUAAGAAAAUGAAUGGAUGGAUGGAUAUUGUAAGAGGAUAUUAAGAGAAAAAUUUAAUCUUUUAACAGCAUUUUAUAUUAAAAAAAUGUGCUUGUAAAAGGCAAUGGAGUAAAAUGUUUUGGGGUGAGAAAAAAAUUAAUGAAUUAUUAGUUAAUUAAAAUUAAUUUAAAAAAUGUAAAUACAAUUUUGGGAGUGCAAAAGUAAUGUUUAAAUCACAAAAGGAGUGUUGUGAAAAAAAUUGCAAGACUGUAGCAUGAGAAAAAAGUUGUGAUGGGAAAAACAACAUGAGAGAAAUAAAUGGGGAAUUAUUAUGACAAUGUUGCAAUUUUAACAGUCGUUUUUCCAAGAAAACUAUUUUUCUCUCAAAAAUCCGCAUUUGGAACAUGACGACAACAAUGUCAGCUUUUUGGGAGAAAAAAUAUGAAAAAAAAAGUUACACGGCAAGAGCAACAAGAUUUAAGUCAGGACAAUCCCAGACAAAAAAAUAAUAUUGAAAAAAUAAAAUUGGAAAGUCACUUUUUUUGGCAGAAAAAUUGAAUUUUGUUUUUCAAGAAUUAUGUUUGACAACUUUGUUCUUGAAAAAAAUAUUAAUAUGUUACGAGAACAGAAUGUGAUUUUUUUUGUGGGGGGGUGAAAACAGUUUGUGUUGAUGGCCGACGUUGUGCGCGAAUGUGCGUGUGCGUUUUCAUGCAAGUGUUGCUCUCCCCCAGCGCACAGGGGAGGUGCGU